ACGCAAACAACAAGGGACUUAUGCAGUUGCAUUUGCUAUGCUUGAACAACAUUUCAGAGACAGGAUCCACAAGGUUCAGGAGUGGAGAGCUGCUUUGACGGAAGCAACCAAUCUUUCUGGUUUUGAUUCAUGGGUCAUCAGGAAACUGUGCCAGUUAAAGGAAUAUUUCUAGACAUGUUGAAGCUUGACAUAGAGCUGUAUUUGAGUCCUGGAGCCUUCUUAGAGAUGUAUAAUUUAAGUUGCUAAAAAUUUACAAUUCCUACUUCGUGGACAAGAGCAAGAUAUACUUUCCCCAAGGACUUCAGUUUCUUCCAGAUGCCUUAAGAUAUUUCCGUUGGGAUGGAUAUCGAUUCAAACUUUUGCCCUCUAAUUUUCUUCCGAGGAAUCUUGUUGAAUGUCAUAUGCGUAAUAGUCAGGUUAAGCAACUUUGGAGUGGAGUCCAGGUAUGCUUUAGUUUUGUUAUAUCAAGUACAUUCUGUCAAGUAAAUGCUUAUAUGUUUUUGUCAUUUCUUUUCUGUCAUAGAGUCUUCAUAACUUAAAAAAAGAUCAAUCUUAGCUACUUCAAGAACCUGACUCAAGUCCCAUCUUUCUUGGGCUCCGAAUCUGGAGAGUAUAGUUCUAGAACACUGCAUAAGUUUAUUUUGAGUUCCUUCAUGUUUUCAAAAUCUCAAUAAACUUGCUUUUCUGAACAUGAGAGGUUGUGGCAAGCUUUAAAAACUUCCAGAGAUUUCAGGGAAUAUUAAAUACUUAGAUUUAUGUGAAACUGCGGUAGAAAAGUUUCCUUCAUCAAUUUAGUCUCUUAACGAACUGGCAAAUUGAUGCUUGACAAAUGUAUGUGUCCUGCAAAUCUCCCAACCAGUACUUAUAAUCUGAAGUCCCUGAAAGGGCUUUCUCUAUAUGAAUGCACAUCCCUUGAUAAGUUUCCAGACCUUCCAAGGAGCAUAAUAUGGUUAAAUUUGAGUGGGACAGCAAUAGAAACAGUGUCCUUAUCAAUUGUCUCUCUUGUUUCCGUACAUUUGACAUGAGUUGUUGCAAAAGUGUAGAAAAUCUCUCAACCAGCAUUUGUCAAUUGAAAUCUCUUGAGCAUCUUUAUCUCUCUGGUUGCUCAAAAUUUCACAACUUCCCAGAAAUCUUAAAGCCUAUGGAGAGGCUAAGUUUCUUGGUUUACAUGGAACAGCUAUUAAAAUAAUACCUUCCUCCAUCGAAGAUCUAAUUAGUCUGAAUUAUUUAAAUUUGAGUAGGUGCAAAAACGUUGAGUUUAUCCCAAAUAAAAGCUAUAAUACGCAUGGUCUUCACCUUGAUCUUUCUGACUGUCCAAAAUUUAAAAGUUUCCUCCUGUUUACGGAAUGUGCUUUUUGGAAGAACUCAAUUUCAGUGAAUGUGAUAGACUACAACUUCCUGAUUGCAUUAGCUGCUUAUAUGCAUUGUGAGUUCUAAAACUAAGUGGAAGCAAUAUGGAGAGCUGAUCUACAAGUAUCAAGCAUCUUUCUCACCUAUCUCACCUAGACUUAACCGAAUGCAAGAAACCUUAAAUCUUUUACCAGAGCGUCCACCAUUUCUAGAACUGCUAGAAGCUGAUGAUUGCAUAUCACUGGAGACUGUCUCAAGUUCAAGGACUGAACUCACACAAGGUUGGUCUCGAUAUAAUCUUCCUAGGGAGGAAUUUAAAUACUGUAAUUGCCUCAAAUUGGAUCAGACUGCAAGAACCAACGUAAUGGCCGACGCACAGCUAAGAAUUCUGCAUUUAUGUAUAUAUGGUUUUUAUGCAAGGGCUUCUAUCAGUAUUUGUCAUUCAGGAAAUCAAAUUCCAGAGUGGUUCAACUAUCAAGCUGUGGGUUCUUUAAUAAAGAUAAAGCUUCCUAGGGGUUGGUAUAAUAGUAGCUUCUUGGGUUUUGCUGUGUCUGCUUUUGUCGGCUUUUUGGUGGACUUUCAUUUCUUCUGUAACUUGGAAUUUCAAUGUGAAUCUCAUUUUAAAACCAGCGAUGGUGAAAGCUAUAAAUGUGUCUGCACUCUGACCUCACAUUGGACUAUUCAAACCACAUAUUUCAGUGUUAUGAUUGCGAUUUCGGUCUUAAUCUUGUAAAAGAAAGAGAUGAUGCAUGUUGGCCCACCUCUUUUUUCUACGACGUUUCUGAGUUUGAGUUUGAGUCGUAUCCUACAAAUUAUGGUGACCAUUUGGAUGUGAAGAAAUGUAGGAUCCAACUGCUAUAUGCCCAAGAUGGAGAAAAAAUAACCAGAUGUGGAAUGCUACCAAAAGUAUGAAACCAGGGGAAUUACUGAAACUGAUCGCUCUUAUGAGGAAGAAGAAGAUGAUGAAAAAGAAUGGAGCCAAAAGCAUAGAUAUUAACAGAACAUGGGUUCUUUUUCUGAUCUCCCUGAUUGUAUGACCUGAAAUAGCAGUCUGUUGUAAACAGAUUGAGCUUGUGUACUACUAAUCCAAAUAAGGAUAUUAUUGACUGGCUUCGCUACAAAUUGAAAUGUAGAUACUGAGAGUGAAAAAAAAAAAAAAAAAGUUUAUGAAAGGUAUAGAUAUAACUGAGUCUAAUAUUUCAUUAGACUAACAUUUUUUUUAACAUGCUAGUAGGAUACAAUUAUGCCAGUUGGAUGCAGGUCUUCCACAUUGAGCGAACAAAGCAAAUAUGUAUAUGAGAAAAAUACCUCGUAGAAACCUCACAAUUUUCUUUCCCUCAUUGAAAACUUAUAUAUGUAAUAAUAUAUUUUGUCAUUUAUUUUAUUUUUGGUGAAUAAAAAUAUAAUUUAGUACGCGUAUUCAAGUAUUCACAAGAAAAAGUAUAUAUAUAUAUAUAUAUACACACACACUAUUAAUCUUAUUUAAAUAUGUAAUUCCUUCCUGCAAAAUGCCGGGAAACUAUGGGCAACAGAAAACUGCUUCUCUCUCAAAAGUCACAACUUUGACUUUUGUUUUGUCGAAGGGAGCUGCUCCAUUUUCUUAUCGACUUGAUCUUCGCCAUCUCUGCAUUUCCAUGUUUUUGACUUUAUGUGGGAGUGUGGUUUGAAGGAUCUGCUCAAAAUGGCUUCAUCUUCAUCCUCAUCUUCUUCUUCUAGUUCAUCUGCUAUGGUCAUUCAAGACAGGUACGAUGUGUUUCUUAGUUUCAGAGGUUAUGACACACGCACUAAUUUUGUCAGCCAUCUCCACGAUGCUUUACUUCGAAACCAAAUCCAGACCUACAUGGAUCACAGACUUCCUAGAGGAGAAGAUAUUUCACCUGCACUUUGCAGAGCAAUCCAGGAGUCUAAGAUUUCCCUGAUUGUUUUCUCGGAAAACUUUGCCUUUUCAACAUGGUGCUUGGAUGAGCUCGUCCACAUACUCCAAUGCAAAACAAGAAAUGGGCAGCUUGUUAUACCUGUUUUCUAUCAAGUUGACCCAUCACAUGUGCGGAAGCAAGAAGGGAUUUAUGCAGCGGCUUUUGCUAAGCAUGAAGAACGGUUCAGGGACAGGAUGAGCAAGGUUCAACACUGGAGGUUUGUUUUGACUGAAGCAGCCAAUCUCUCUGGUUGGGAUUCACAGGUCAUCAGGCCUGACUCCAAGUUGGUUGAUGCAAUUGUGAAAGACAUUUUGAGGAAAUUGAAUCAUAUAUCAUCAAGUGAUCUGAGGGGUCUGGUUGGAAUUGGAAAAAGGAUUGAGAAAAUCGAAUCAUUAUUGUGCAUUGACUCACUAGAUGUUUGCAUGGUAGGUGUUUGGGGUAUGGGUGGUAUUGGUAAAACCACCCUUGCUGGUGUUGUGUUUAACAGGCUCUAUUCUCAAUUUGAAGGUGGUUAUUUUCUUGCAAAUAUAAGGGAAGAAUCUGACAGACAUGGAUUAAAUCAUUUAGGGAAUAAACUUCUUUCCGGAUUAUUAGAGGAAGCCUAUCUUGAUAGGGGCACUCCAUUUGUGGUUUCAAAUUUUGUUAAGAAUCAACUCUGCCGUAAAAGGGUCCUAGUUGUUCUUGAUGAUGUGAAUAAUUCAAGCCAAUUAGAAUAUUUAGCUGGAGACCAUGAUCAAUUAGGUCCUGGAAGCAGAAUCAUCGUAACAACUAGAGAUAAACAAGUGCUUAGUGAUAGAGUUCAAGCAAUUUAUGAGGUUGAGAAAUUAGAUUGUGACGAAGCUCUUGAGCUCUUCCAUUUUAAGGCUCAGAGAAACAACUCUCUGGCAACUAACUAUAUAGAGAUGUCAAAUCAGGUGGUAGCUUAUGCAAAUGGUGUCCCAUUGGCUCUUAAAGUUUUGGGUUCUUUCCUUUGUUCCAAGAGCAAAGAAGAAUGGGAAAGUGAAUUAUGUAAACUGAAAGUAGUUCCUAACAUGGAAAUUCAGAAUGUUUUGAGACUUAGCUAUGAGGGACUGGAUGAUAGAGAGAAGGAGAUAUUUCUUGAUAUUGCUUGUUUCUUUAAAGGGGAUGAUAGAGAUGAUGUGCAAAGCAUACUAAAUGCUUGCGGUUUCUUUGCAGAUAUUGGAAUACGAGUUCUCAUUGAUAAAUCUCUUAUAACUAUCAUGGAUAAUAAACUAUGGAUGCAUGACUUGUUGCAAGAGAUGGGGAAGGAGAUUAUCCGUCAACAAUCCAUAAAAGAUCCCGGAAAUCGCAGUAGGUUGUGGAAUGAUGAUGUCUAUCACUUAUUGGAAAAUAAUACGGGAAGUGCAACAGUUGAAGGCAUAUCCCUAGACAUGUCUAAGCUCGACAAAGAUGUAUAUGCGAGUCCUGCCACCUUCUUAAAGAUGAAAAAUUUAAGAUUGCUCAAAAUUUAUAGUUCCUUCUCGAUGGACAAACACAAAAUACACUUUCCUCAAGGACUUCAGUUUCUUCCUGAUGCACUAAGAUAUCUCCAUUGGGAUGGAUAUCCCUUGAAAGGUUUUCCAUCAAAUUUUGUUGCAAUGAAUCUUGUUGAACUUCGUAUGCACAAAAGUCGGGCUAAAAAACUUUGGAGUGGAGUCCUGAAUCUUGAUAACAUGAAAAAGAUUGAUCUUAGUUACUCCAAGCAUCUUACUGAAAUCCCAGAUCUCUCUCGGGCUCCAAAUCUUGAGAGUUUAAAUCUGGACCACUGUAAAAGUUUGGUCCGAGUUCCUUCUUGUUUUCAAAAUCUUGACAAACUGGUUUUCCUGCGCAUGAGAAGUUGUCGAAAUCUUAAAACUCUUCCAGAGGUACCAGGGAAUAUGAAGUACAUUGAUUUCUGUAAGACUGCUGCAAAAAAACUUCCCUCAUCAAUUUGGUCUCUCAACCAACUUGAGACAUUGAUGCUUGACGACUGCAAGUAUCUUAAUUAUCUCCCAACCAAUGCUUGUAAACUAAAGUCCCUGAAAAGGCUUUCUCUAGUUUGUUGCCCAUCUCUUCAAAAGUUCCAAGACCUUCCAAGAAAUAUAACAUGGUUAGAUUUGAGCCAUACAGCGAUAGAAAUGGUUCCUUCAUCAAUUGAGUGUCUCUCUCAUCUUUUUAUAUUGGACAUGAGAUCUUGUGAAAGGCUUGAGGGUCUCCCAACCACUAUUUGUAAGUUGAAAUCUCUUAACCGUCUAUACCUUUCUCAUUGCUCAAAAUUCAAAAACUUCCCAGAAAUCUUGGAGCCCAUGGAGCAGUUACGGUAUCUUGAUUUAAGUAGAACAGCUAUUGAAGAAAUACCCUCCUCCAUUGAAAAUCUAAUUAGACUUGGGGAAUUAAGGUUGGAUAGGUGUCUAAACCUUGAGGUUGUUCCGAACAACAUCUACAAUAUACAACAUCUUCAACUUGGACUUUCUGGCUGUUCAAAAUUUAAUAAGUUUCCUCCCCUUUCUGGAACAUGUUCUUUGGAUGAACUAGAUUUUAGUGGCUGCAAUAGAUUACAAGUUCCUGAUGGUCUUGGCUGCUUAUCCUCAUUACGAAUUUUAAAUCUUAGUGGAAGUAAAAUUGAGAGCUUGCCUACAAGCAUCAAGUAUCUUUCUCAGCUGUCUCACCUUGACUUGAGCAAAUGUGAGAACCUAAAAUCUUUGCCAGGGCUUCCACCAUUUCUACAACUUCUAGAAGCACAUGACUGCACAUCAUUGGAGACUGUAUCAAUUUCAAGAACUGAACUCGUACAUGGUUUGCAUCAAUACUAUCUUCAUAUCGUUGAACUUAAAUACUGUAAUUGUCCAAAAUUGGAUCAUAACUCAAGAACCAACAUAAUGGUUGAUGCACAGCUUAGAAUUUUGCGUAUGGCAACCAUGUCAUCAUCGAUUCUUGGCAGGCUGUUUAACCGUAAUAAUUAUCAAGAAGCCUUAAUCUGUAUAUGUUAUCCGGGAAAUCAAAUUCCUGAGUGGUUCAGCUAUCAAAGUAUGGGAUCUUCAAUAGAUAUAAAGCUUCCUACAGGUUGGUAUAAUUCAAACUUUUUGGGUUUUGCUCUGUGUGCUGUUGUGCGUGCGAAAGUGGAGUAUUAUAGUGGCAGAGGCUUGGAAUUUCAAUGUGAUUCUAAUUUUAAAACCAACAAUGGUGAAAGCCGUCAGUGGAAAUGCACUUUGAGGAAAUCGGGCUGGAUUGUGAAGACAGAAAGCAAUGAACUGAAAUUGGAUGAUUCAGAUCACAUAUUUCAGUGGUAUAGUUGUAGCUUUGAUCUUGAUGUAGUAAAAGAAAAAAUUAAAGGAAAUUGGUCCACUUCUUUUUACAAUCAUGUCACUGAGGCCAAAUUUGAGUUCUAUCCUACACACUAUGAUGAACCCGUUGACUAUUUGGGUGUGAUGAAGUGUGGCAUCCGCCCGCUGUAUGCCCAAGUUGCAGAAAGACAUCAGCAGGAGUCUGAACCCAGGAAAGUACUGAAACGGUUAGCUUUGACAAGGAAGAAGAAGAAGAGAAAACACGUCCUAAGAGAAUUAGAGAAGAAAUAAUAAUUAUGAUUUUAAUCCUAUGGCUGCUCUUUUUGAUUUUCAUGCGAAGCUGAAAAUGAAUGUAAAGAAAAGUCAUAGACAAAAGCAGGUAAUGGAUUCUCUGGAUGGAUCUCAAUGUUUACGAUAGAAUUGAAUGCCCUGUUUUAAAUAGGUUGAGAAGGUGUACCAUCAAUGAAAGAUUGCAUGUAUUUUGAAAUAAAAACACUAUUCCUUCACUGUGUUUUUUCUACCUACUCAUCUGCAUUUUGCUAUUAACCA